AUGGACCGCAAAAAUGCUCCCAAAAACCUGAACAAUCUUCCUGGGAGGUGCCAUUGUGGGAAAAUUGCCAGCUACUUCACUUCAAAGACUCCAUAUAAUUCCGGAAGGAGAUUCUUUAAGUGCCCUAAACUUGAUAUAAGCUCGUGCGGUUAUUGGGAAUGGCAAGAUGAUGUUGUUCCAGAUCGAGUGCUCAUUACAAUUAACAAUAUGAAUUACAAAUUGGAUGUCGCUAAUGUUAAACUCAACAAUAUGAAGUCGACGUUGGAUGUGAUUAUUCUUGAAAGGGACAGAUUAAAGGAAAGAGUGGAUGUCUUGAAGGCUUUAAAGAAUUCGGAAGUGAACAAAGCCCGUAAAUUAGAAGAGAAAGUCCUAAAUAUGAAGAUCUUCAUUAUGAUUUCAUGGGCAAUAUUUAUAGGAGUUGUUGCUGCAAUGCUAAUGAAUUGA